AUGAUGCUUGAGCAUGGCAAUGAUCUUAAGCUCUGGAAUUGUCUGACACUAGGUAUUGUAAAUUGCAUUAAUUUGUUUGAGGUGGUGUUAAGACUAUACUUUAAACUCCUUAGAAAUGUUGUUUUGACGUCAUCACUUCAUGCAGAUGUCUUUCCAAGAAUCAACAUUAAAGACCCAUACAAACGACUUGGAAUAAGUGUUGAUGCCUCUGAGGAAGAAAUUCAAGCAGCAAGGAACUUUCUAAUACAAAGAUAUGCUGGGCACAAACCAAGUGUAGAUGCAAUUGAAGCGGCUCAUGAUAAAAUAAUCAUGCAGAAAUUUUAUGACCGAAAGAAACCAAAGUUGAAUAUUAAAAAAAAGGUAAGGGAUGUGACUCAGUCCCGUUAUGUGCAGGCGGUGAUGAGCAGGUUCCGCACCCCUUCAGAUAGCAAAUUCAUUGUGAUAACGUCUGUUGCGUUCUUGUUGCUUGGAGCUCUAACCGUCCUCUUUCCUACUGAAGAAGGGCCUACUCUUCAGGUUGCCCUUUCUCUAGUGGCAACCAUAUACUUCAUAUAUAGCAGGCUGAAAAGCAAAAUCCGAGCUGCACUUUAUGGGGGGGGAGCAUUUAUUUUCUCAUGGCUCUUGGGUACCUUUCUGAUGGUAUCUGUUGUUCCGCCUAUACUAAAAGGACCAACGAGUUUGGAAGUGACCACUUCUUUGCUAAGUUAUGUGCUUCUCUGGGUUGCUUCUACAUAUCUGAAAUAAUAUUCUCAGCUCUAUGAGUUUUUGCCAGCUGCACACUAUUUGUCUGCCUUAAGUGAUUUCAUUCUCCUGAUUUUUCCAUUAGAUUUGUUAUACGGGAACACUAAAUUUCAGCAGAUGUAAGGAAUUUAGAGAGAUUAUUAAUGGAAGAGUAUUUAUUUUUCUAUUAAAAUGAUAUACUGUUAAUUAGGUCAAGCCUUUCCCCCAACCUUAAAUGUUAUUAUAGGUUUAUCAAAGAUGUGAUUGGCCAUUUUUUGUGGCUUGUGCUGUUCUUUUCCAUUGGAAUUAUCUACAUGGAACCCACAUCAUCCUCAUAGUUCAUAUGAACUGAUUGAUGUGAAACUAUAUUAUUAUUUGCGACUCGUAUUAUGCGAUUGCAUAGAGUGAUAGAACCCCUGAGACUUGGAUGUUUGGUCCCUACACCAAAUCUUGUUCACAGAACGUUCUAGUAGAUGUCAAUUUUGGCCUCUACAACUUGUAUGUAAAUGGUGGUUUUUCCAUUUUCUAAUUUGUGUGGCAGAUUUCUUUGUUUUCUUAACAGCAACAAAACAUUACAAGUUGCUAAGAUUCUGUAAUAAUUGUAUUCAGAGUUAGUUUGAAGAUCUUGAGCUCUACAUUUUGUUUU